AUGACGGAUUGUGCCACUCCGGAGACGUUACAACUGAUGAGAUCAUUAUACGCGACUCUACCCUGCCUGUUCCACGUCAUCGUCUGUCUAGCCACCUUCAUUUUAUCUAUUCUAGCCGUCCGUAUCUUACUAUACCGUUCCAUAUUCCACGAAUCUACGAGAAUUCUCUUUUUCGUCAGCCUUUUCUACGCCAAUCUACACGAGGUCAUGCAAGUUUACACCGAUGUAGGUCCCUGGACGUUAUUAAAAAACGAUCAUUUCUUUAAUUUUCAAGCUGAACACCUUCUACCGAGCCAUAAAGUACGCUGACUCUCCCUGUGAAUUUCUAGUUUCUCAAGAAAGCUGUAAAAUCGAGAAUAAUCUGAUAGUUUCCUCCAUAGCAGGCAUGGUUUUCAUCGAAUGCGCUCUCACGAUUGACAGGUUCUUUAUAAUCGGAUAACCUAUGAAAAUGAUGAUUUUUCAGAAUAGUCGCUACUUAUUCUCUCAAAAGAUCCAUUUCGAUGACUAGCAGCUCAGGAGCCGUCCUAUCAUUGGCUGCGGUAGGAAAAAACCAACUACAUUAAUUGAACUGAAGAUUUUCAGAUUAUCGGCAGUAUCCUGGUACCUUUCGUCACCUUCUAUGGGGAUCCUUACACAGGGACCGCCCAAACUUGCAUUUCGAUGCCGGCUCAAAGUAAGGCGCGAGCCAAUACUUUACUGUUAAUUUAUGCUAUCAUAAAUAUCGUGAACAUUGUUUUGAACUCGAUUCUUAUCAUUAUCAACAAAAGACAGCAACGCAGGUUGGUUUCUCGCUUCUUUUUUCUAGAAAAUUUUCUCACGAAUUUUUAUUUUCGUUACACUUGAUUCAGAGACAUCCUAUGAAGAAACAAAAUUUUUGAUCUAUCUUAGAAUAUAGAGUGUUCAAACAAGAUUGUUCGGGUAGUAUAGUCGUAUAGCUACCAUUUUUACCAGGAACUUGUCACAGCUAAAGUGAAACUUCUGAAAAGAGACCAGAUAUUCCAAAUCAUGAUGUUUUUACAAGCUUUUAAUGAAUCUGUGCUCAAAACUUCCAGACGUCUUUGAGAAAAGCCGCAGCCACUCAAAGUGUGCAAAAAUCGGCCCGCCAGCCUAUAGACCCUGACCAUUUUCUAUGCCCGCCGGUCUCUAGCAAAAAAAAAAGCCGGCGCAGUCCAAAAAACUGAAAUUUCCUUCCUGUCAAAUAUAAAGCUUUUAUACAACAAAAAAUCAAGUUUUUGGUUUUUUUUUGACUUCUAGGUCAACAGAAACUAUGAUUGAAAAAGUGAAAAAAAAAUUUCCGAUAUUCAAAUUUUUUUGAAGUAUGGCUCAAGUUCUCAAAAAUGAGGGCAUAUCCUGACGCACAGUGAAAGCUUAUUAAUUGUUCGGAAGCUGUCAUUUUUUAUAAAAAGAGAAGGGAAAAAAUGUCUGCACCAUUGGAAGUUUAGAAUAUAUUACUCAGUUUUAAAACCCGUUAGCCGUUUUUGAGAACAGGCUUAAAAUACGAAAAAAUUUCAGCUUGUAACUUCAACUUAACAUCAAAAACUUAUUCAGGACCCGAUUCAACAUCAUGUUACGGUACCAAGCUCGCGAAACGCUCGUCUCGACAUUGGCCGUUUGUACCAUCACAACGGCUCAAUUUAUCGCCUUGGGAGUGUAUUCUGGCGGAAUGUUGUUCAUGAGAACCCAUCGCGAAUUGUUCACUCAACUACAAUACUAUGUGAUCGUCGUUUGGAUUUAUGUAAGUUAUACAUCAGUCUGACUUUUCUGUGUCUCUUUUCUUACUCCGGCAAGAUCGUAGAUACAUGGAAAGCGUGUGUAAUAACGAGAGGACGUAGAGAAACCAGAUUGAUCAAAGUCAUGGCGAAUGGUGUUUAAAAAAUAGCCAAUGGCUAGCUUGGGACGCUAAAGGGCGUGCACUGUCUGAGCUCUCCACUAACCAGGUGCUGUCUCUUUUUUUCGUGUCAGGACCUUUUUUUUAUGGCUCAAGCCAGUCUUGAAUCAGCUAUGAACGGAAUGGAUGUGUGAGUUCUUACUCAAGACGAAAAAUCUCCUGACUCGAGUCCCAGUCCAGAAGCACUUCUUUCUAACUUCAAUUCCUAAAUAACCCGACUUUUCAGGCAGUUCCAUACGCCGCCAUCUCCCUACCACUCUUAAUAAUCCUCUGUAUCAACAUCAAUGAGAAAAAUCGACGUCAGGCCAUCGAAAACGUGAAAAAUCUGAGAGACUCUCAAGAAAACCGGAUGAAAAGUCUUAAUGCAAUGUGGAAUAGGGCUCAUUAAUCGAUUCAUUCCGAUUUGGUCGCACUUGGAAUGGCUCAAACCAUUGAUUCAAGUCACGCCCGACUCGAAACUACUUGCGCUUUUUGACAUUAUACAGUAAGCCGCUGAGCCAUUCCAAGUGCGACUAGCCCGAUUCGACUUGAUUCAAAUUAGGUAUUGAAGAAUUGAAGGAAAACAUAAAAAUUCGAUUUUCGAUUCCCUUACCCAAGACAACGACGGGUCUUUUCAUUUUUUUGAAAUUUGAUAGGUAUUUAUACCCUUUUUUGUUAUUCCUACCAUUUUUAUAAAUAAAUGUUUGAUUCCUUGAUUCUUGAGCUCGUGAAAACAAGCCAAUUCACGGCCGGAACGAAAUUAAAGGCCGAAAAUGGCAUUUUUGGCCGAGAGCCUUUGCCAAAUUUGUCCGAAUGAGCAAGAUAUACACAGCCUUUCUCUCCGCUCUCUCUAUUUUAUCCACUAUUUCGCUGAGAAAAAAAUUGACUAACUCUGAAGUAUACGUAAGAGAAACCUCUUAAAAAAAGAAGUUCUUAAACCUCUCAUUAUUUUUCUUUCUCACAUCCCAUUAUCAGGAAAAAUUAUAGGGAGUUUCAUAUCAAACGUGGAAAAAAUUCCAUGUCGCGUCCACUUUUUAACUCAUGCUUUAUUCAAAAAAUUGAAUUUUAACUUGAUUUUUGUUGUCAAUUUUUUGUCCCGUUGUUUUUUCUGCAAGUUCUGGGUCCAAUUGAAUCAACCUUUCUCCCUCUUUCUAACUCAAUUCAACCUCCAAACGGCAUUUUUUUAGAAGUUUUUUUGAUCGGAAAUGUGCGCCCGCUGAGUAAAAAAAGCUUUACGUUUGUUUUUAAAUAUUUAUCCCGAAAAUUUUUUCACAAAAAGCUUAAAUAUGAAUUUUCGCAAAACUGAUUUUUCCUUUUUAUUUGAUUUUUUUCAACUUUCCUUUGUUCGAAAAACAUUUUUCAGUGUGUAGAAUGUUAAUUUCUCCCGCUCAAAAAAUAGCAAAAAAGACGAACCUAGCGUGGAUUCGAACUCAUGACCUCUCAAACGAUAUACAGUCCUUUUGUCACUGAGCCACCCAUCCUACACCCGAUCAAUGCUUAACCAACCGAGCUCGAAACCUAAAUUUUUGGAAUUAGGUGAAUCAGGAAAAUAAGACUUCUUUAGAAAAUUGCUUUAUAUUUGAUCAACUUACUUCAAAAUUCCUCCAGAAGAUCAAAUUUAACAACUUUUUUCUUAAAUUUCCAUGAAUAUAUUUCAAAAUUUCCCUUUUUGUCACAUGUUUUCUUAAAAACUUGUAACCGGGAACCUAGAAUUACCACGAAAUUUUCCUGGUUUUUGAACUUUUUUUCCCCUGAUCGUCUGUUUGAAAAAAAAGCUCUCAGAUAGAAAAAAAGACAAAGUUGAAUUUUUUCUGAAUUUCCUGCCCCUACAUAUUGAAAAAGCAAGCUUAUACGUAUUUUUUUAUUGAACGAUAAUAGUUCGAACUUUUGAGAAAAAAUCCUUAAAUGAGAGAAAAUAAAAGGACAAAGUUCCCCAAACAAGUUAAGCCGAAAAAAGAGCACCCUUUUCGGAAAAAAAGUUCAAUUCCACGUACUCAUCCCUCCUGGAUAUGUGCUUAAUACUCAUUCCUCCUACUUCGAUUUCUUCAUUCAAGUUCCUCUUUUAAUGUGUUUUUGAUUAAGUUUAUCUCGCUUCCAAUUUGAAGAAAUGGGUCGCAUGAGGAAUGGCUCGACGCGCGUCCGACCUUAAAACGACUUGCGCUCGCUAGGACCUUCUGAGCUCAUAGUUGGACUUCUGAGAACGACUAAGUUCGCUAGAUGCAGUUUUUACCGCUGAAUCCAUUUCUGAGCUCGAAAACAGCCAAAAACCUAUAAGGAAAAAGUUAUGAACACUUGAAAAAAACCCGUCUUUUUGACGUCACUUUUGUGAGGUGGAUGAGGCUAGUAGAUCGACUUUUUUAAAAAAUUAGUUGAGCCAAGAUAAGGUUAUCACAAGCUGAGAACCUUUCCGGUAACUUCAAAACACAGCUUCAAAAUCACUAGGAAAAAAACCAGGAGACCCAACUUUAUUCGAAAAUUACCUGGGAGCUCAGUCCGCAACGCUUCUGAGCCAUUCCUAAUGCGACCAAAAAUAUCAAUUCGUGGUAAAAGGACCAUACUCUUCCUUUGUUGACUCCUGCUUUACUAUCUCAUGUGCUCAUUUUGCCGUGACUUGAAAAAUUCUGACUUGUCUGCGCUCUCUCUUCCCUCAUCUGUGAGGUAAAUGAACAGUAGAGAGAAAAGGGCGCAGAGAAACCAGAAUUUUCCAAGUUUUGACAUUUUAGAGCACGAUUGAACCUACAAUGUCGGAAUGCGCAUCGCCGGAGGCGAUGGAAAUGAUGACGUCAUUUUGUGCGCAUCUCCCCUACAUCCUACACGUCUUCAUCUGCCUAGCUACCAUCAUUUCAUCUUGUAUAGCUUUUCGAAUGCUUCUGUAUCGUUCCAUAUUCCAUGAUUCUACCAGAAUCCUCUUCGUCGUCGGCCUUCUUUAUGCCAAUCUCCAUGAGGUCUUGCAAGUUUAUUAUGAGGUAAGACUGAAAAUUAAAAAAAAAAUAACACAGUUGAUUUUUUGACCUAUCUUACACCUAUAGUCUGUUCAGAUUUUGAAUGUCAAGUUGUCGUUCAAGCUCCGCCCCUAUCAGAGCGAUAAACCAAUCAGUGAGCGAGCCAUCCACAGAGUGUUUUUGAAUGACCUCAUUGCACUUGACAUUUAAAAAUCUGAACAGACUAUAGCUUUCAGCUCCGAAAUUCCUAAAAAAAAAUCGAUUUUCGCCUCAAAACUUCAUAAAAAUCUUCUAUGCUGCUCCUUUAAUAACUCAGUAAAGCAAAAAAUCCUUCCUCCUUUUUCUGAUUUUCCAAACGAUUAUUUUCAACAUUCUCCAGAUCUCCGGCGUUAUCCGGAGCGUUAUCUACGCCGAUUCUCCUUGUGAAAUCUUGGUCCCUCAAGAAAGCUGUCGAGCCCAAAAUAACCUUCUAGUUUCCUCCAUAUCAGGCAUGGUUCUCGUCGAAUGCGCUCUAACGAUAGACAGGUUCAUUUUUCUUCAAAACUACCUAAAGCAACGUCAGAGUGGUCCCUAUAGGGGCCCUCUAGGUUUACCCCUUCACCUUCCCCUACAGGGAUCACUAAAGCUUGCAAAAGUGGUCCCUAUAGGGGAACAUGCCGGUUAUUCCUUUUUAAAAACCUUUGAGAAGAAGUUAGCUAUAAAUUAGUACUUUUUGAAACUUUUUAUUUUCCAAACCUGAACGAAAAGUUCAAAGACCCUGUAGAGACCAUUUUAGCGCAUUUCAUUUCAGAAUAAUCGCCACUUAUUUUCUCAAAAACUCGUCCUCGAUGUCUACAACUCCCGGGAUCGUCCUAUCCUUCGUUGCGGUAACAAUUAUCAAGCUUUAUCGACUUGGAUCAAUUUUUCAGAUCUUCGGCAGUAUUCUAGUACCUUAUGUCACCUUUUACGGGGACCCUUACACAGGAUACGUCCAAAAUUGCAUGUAUAUGCCGGCUCAGAGCAAGGACCGAGCCAAUACUUUACUAUGUUGCCUAUUAAUUCUCAACGUUUUCAACAUAUUCCUAAACUCGGUUAUUAUCUACAUCAAUAAGCGGCAGGAUCGGGGGUAAGUUACCUGUAUAAUCAAUUCAUGAAAUUCUCACCUGAGAAGGCGGAUAAUCAGUAGUUUUGGUGAAACAAUGGGACUAAUAAGAGGUUUUUGAGCAAGAUGAAAAGGUCACUUCUCUUUUGGACACUGUAAUUUUCUUUUCGGAAGCUUAAAAAACGUAUAUAAUUAUGGAGGAAAGUUGAGAAAAUUUUACUCUCAAAAUUUGGAGCUAAAAGAAUAGGAAGUGUUUAAAAAAAAUCAAAAAUUAAAUUUAAAGCCCAUUGAACUUUAAAACAACUUGAAAGCUUUCGAAAAACUGGAGAGCCCAAAAGUUAUCAAAUUUAAGGUUCGAAGGUCAAAAACACGGUCAUAAAUCCCCUAAAACCUUUGGAUUUGAAAAAUGAGACAUUACUCAAAAAUAUUAUCAAUUCUAUAACUUCAAUUUUUAUUCUGGAAGCCAUAGGAACAAAAAUUUAUCAACUUUUCUAUUUGUAAAGCUUAAAAUUUGAAAAAUUAGAACGGAGCUCUCCUAAAAACCUAGAAAUCGGAUAAUUCAUCAACUCAGGUACGCCAGAGUAGUCCCUGAAGGGACACUCUAAAGUUCCCCUCUAGGGACCACCAUAAGCCUCAAACCCCUACUGGGACCACCUAAAUUUCGUCCCUAUAUAUCCUCUGCAUUAUACCCUAGACGUCAAAAACUAAUAGGAAGCCUUUUUUUUUAUUCCUUUUAGGCUCUUUUUUCCCCUGACCCCUCUAGGGACUAGAGUUCACCAAAAAAAAAAAAAACUCUUCUUAGACGUGUUUUGUCCGACAACAAAGCCAUCAAACAAGCUCAUGCUGAGCUUGAACUUCGUUUUGCCGACCUCAUCAAGCAAAAUGCCACACUUAUCGCCCAAUGUACGCUCCUGAAUGCAGAGAACCAAGUGCUCCUAGCGGAAAACAAGACUCUCAAGCUGUCCUUUCCGAUAAGUUCAACCUCUAUGCCAUCUACAGCCACUCCUCAAGACCAGCCGUCUUCGGUUCCCGAAAUUGUUAAAUUGUCUUCACGUGUCAAACUCUCCAGAGAAGUCGCUUCUAUGAACCAGAAAAGUUACCUGGCCGUUGUCGAACGCCUCGACGACUCCAAAGACAAAAAACAAGACGACUCCGACAAAUCUUUCAUCAACGACGUGUGCAUCGAAGCCGAACUGCCCUGUCCGAUUGAAGUGUUCCGACAUGAAUGUGACUCCAAACGUCGACCUCUAAAAAUCAAGUUUGAAUCCACACGGGUUCGUGAUCUAUUUAUCCGUCGUUUCCGGCAUACACUUGAAAACAUGCCGUUUUCACAAAAAAUUGCUCCUCGCUGCCGUAGAGAUAUGACGCUUACUGAAUUGUCCUUAUUACGCAGCUUGAGGAAAAAAGCCUAUGAAGAUAACGUUAAAGCGGGAAUUUUCAAGUUUUACGUGCGCGAUUUGGAAAUCGUUGAGUCGGACACUCCCAGACCGUUUACAGUUUGGUCUCGUGAAGAUGACGCGGCGCCAACCAAAAGUGACGCGCCCGCCGUAAACAAGACUCCCGCGCCCGAGUCCUGUGCCAUGGAGGCAUAGGUCAAAACUUCUUCAGCGCUUGCCGAAUACACCUCGGUCAUUUCGUCCACUCUCCCCCCACUCCUUCCCGCCAUCCGUGGUCAAUUUGAUUCUCAUCCUCCUGAUUUACUUUCUACCCCCCGAACGGAUGGUUUGGACGUGGUUGAGCCCUUCAUAGCGGCUCCAUCAGUUUCGCGGCCCGAUCUUUUUUCUACUCAUGUAUAUGAUAUUUCGUCUGAUGUGAAUAAUAUUUUUUUAAACUCUAACUCUAAUGUAAAUUCUAUAAAUUCUAAUGUGAAUAAUAACUCUAAUGUGAAAAAAGUCGAAUCUUUUGACCUCAAAUGUUUACUCAUUAAUACUAGAUCAAUUUUGUCUCUCUCUAAACUCAAUAUCUUACUUAACUAUCUCGAUUCGGAAAAUUAUGACCUUUGUUUCAUUACUGAAUCGUUUUUGAAUUCCGCGUUUGUUGAUGCUUUACUUGCUAACGAGUUUUUUUUACAUAUACGUUGCGAUCGGCGUCCGGAACAUUUCAAAAAGUCUGGAGGCGGAGUGCUCAUGUUCUACAAAAAACACCUGAAAGUUGUCGAGUUGGAUAACAGGUUGGAUCAGUUUUAUCUGAAGCAUUACUGCGAGCUUGUAUCUUUUGACUUAAUUUGCCCAGGACUUAAAUACCGUUUCACUCUAUUUUAUAGAGCACCAGAUGCUAGAGCCGAGUUCACUAAUUAUCUCAUCAAUAACCUCUCUCUACUUUUGAGCCCUUAUAACAACAUAAUAUUAGGUGAUCUAAACUUACCUAAUAUCUGCUGGAGCGGUGACUCUGCUAGCUUCAAUAACACAUUUUUUCAAUUCUCUAGUAACAACGGUCUCAGUCAAGUUGUUGACUUUCCAACACGCAUUGCUUCUUCUGGUAGCAGGUCUAUACUUGAUGUAGUUCUCACUGAUUGCUCAAACUUUAUACCGUCCAUAUCCCCAGUUCAUCCACCAAUUGUUACAGAUCAUACAGGAGUUUCUUUUAACUUGAAAAUGGCUUCCAUGCAUCCGUCUCCUCCUCAUUCCCCAAAAAUUGAUUAUCGGAAAGGUAACUACGUAGCCAUCAACAAUUUUCUCCUCACUCGGAACUGGGAUCGACAGUUGUCAUAUUUUUCUUCUGUAGAAAACAAGUACCAACAUUUAACAAAAGUUGUCAACGAACUUAUUGUACAAUUUUGCCCUCUUAAAAUCCCUUAUCAUUCUAAUUCAAAUCGUUGGAGUAUUAGACGACUUAUUCGAAAAAGAGCUAAUUUGAGAAGGCGAGAGCGUCACCUCUCAAAUGCUAACAGUUCACUUUCUUUAUUAAGAAAGAAAGUCUCACGCCUCCUCAAACGCCAAGAACUCAAUGUAAUUAAAUCUAAUAAUUCGAACAAAAUUGUAAGAUAUGUUUCCCGAAAAAUGAAACAAGUUCCCUCUCUGCCUCCUCUACUGGUUAAUGACGUAAUCUAUAGCUCCACAGCCGAAAAAUCCACCGCUUUUCUCAAUGUCUUCUCUUCCAACCGCAACUUUGAGAACUAUGACAUUCCUUCCAUUUUUCCAUGCAUUAGAAGCUCUGCCGUUCAUCCCGAUUUUUACACCUAUGAAUGUUCAUAAGUUUAUUUCCAAAUUGUCUCCGAAGAUAGGGUUUUUCUUCAGAUCAUAUCAACUUCUUUCUUCUCAAAAAAAUGCGCCGAUUCCUUAUGUGUUCCCUUGUCGAUCAUAUUUUUCUGAUUCAUUCUUCUCUGGUUAUGUCCCACAAGCGUGGAAGCAAUCAUACAUCGUUCCUAUACACAAAAAAGGAAAAAAAUCAGAUCCUCAAAAUUACAGGCCCAUAAGCCUCACACAUCCACUUGCGAGGCUUAUGGAGCGUAUGAUUGCUUCACACAUUAAAAAACAUUUCAGAUUCUCCUUUUCCUCACGACAAUUUGGUUUUCUAAAUAAUAGAUCUUGCAUGUUGGCCCUUCUAGACAGCAUUACAAAUUGGAAAUCUUCUAUCAGCAGAGGCAACUUUAUUGACGUUAUUUACUUUGAUUUCAUGAAAGCCUUCGAUUUUGUUCCGCACAACCUCUUAUUGGCUAAACUCAAAGCAUUCGGUCUGAGUGAAACAAUGAUAAAAUGGUUCCAAAAUUUCCUAUCUGACCGCACUUCCAGUGUCCUCAUAGAUGGAGUUAUUUCCGAAAGAAAAUUUAACGUCGUUUCUGGAGUACUUCAAGGAACUGUCACGGGGCCCCUCCUUUUCUUAAUUUUCAUCAAUGAUCUUCCUAGUAUUUUUGACAGCUCUGUGACUUCCUACCUUUUUGCGGAUGAUCUCAAAAUCUCUUCGAAUAACUCUAUCGAACUUCAAGAAAAUAUCAACAAGUUAUUGGAAUGGUCCAAAACAUGGGGUCUGCCUUGGCUGGCAACAAAACAACCGUCCUUCACCUAGGUAGAAACAAUCCUGAGAACAUUUAUCUAGUAAAUGGAAAUCCUAUAAGAUCUGAAAGUGUGGUUAGAGACCUUGGUCUUUUGAUUGAUAAAGGACUCACCUUCGAUUCUCAUAUUAAUCAUGUUGUCAACAUUGCUAUGUUGAAAUCUCGUCAACUUCUUAAGGCUUUUUCACAUGUCGGCUUACCGCAAUAUAAGCUUCUCUUCAAUCUUUAUGUACGUCCUUACCUCGAAUACGCCUGUGAAGUCUUUAACCCACCCCUAACCAGUGCCCUCUCCUCCCAACUUGAAAAACCUCUCCGUUUCUUCACCAGAGAGGUGUUUAUUAGAAGAAAUGUUCGUUUUUAAUUCAUAUUCUGACCGUCUAAGUGUACUCGGCUCUGUCCAUGCUUUCCGAAGGAGAAUAAUCAUUUCUCUACUAACUCUCCAAAAAAAUUAGUCCUGGGCUCCUACCACUUUCCAAGUGCAGAAAAUUUCUUCAGAAGAACUGAUUCACCUCGUUUUUCCAAUGAGACUCAUACAGACAGGUCCUCGUUUUUAACAGUUUCUUCAGUACAGUCUUCCUAUUUGGAACAGACUGUGCUCAAGAUUCGACAUGAACACUUCAGCCUCCCGCUUCAGGAAUUUUUCUCGACUCUCUCGACAACAAUGAACUACUCGCAAGUGUGCCCAACAGACUGCUCUAAAAAAAAAUAAAAUCCGAAACUUCUGUUCUCAAUCUUCAAUACGUGUAUCCCAUCCCGGUAAAUCGCUCGUUGGGGCGUUUGUAUAUCGGGUUUCGCUUCACUCAAAUACUUUCUAUUCUGUAUCUGUAUUUUUUUGUGUUUGAGUGAAAUAAAUAAAAUAAAUAAAUAAAACCGAUCGUUCGACCAAACGUUCAACCAAUAUUUUUCAUGACAUGUUACCAAAAAUAUGAAUGAUUAACAUUUCUUGCUACCGAACGAUUAACAUGCCUCAUGAUUAUGAUCUCUCGUUUUUCCGACAUGUCAAAAUUUCAUUUAAAUGAGAGAUCAUUUUGAAUCGAUCGUUCAGUUUUCGAUUGAUCAAAAUUUUGUUUUGAAAAUAUUGGUCGAAAAAAUGAUCGAUCGAAAUGUUGUGUUGAAUAUAUUGGUCGAAAUAUCGAUAUAUCAAAACGUUAAAAUCCAAUGAUUGAUCAUUAAUGUAAGAGAUCAAAAACUGAUCUAAUAAACGAUCUUUCAAAAAAUGACAUGUUAAAAUUUGGUUGAACAGUGACAUGUCAAUAGUUUGAUCAAUUGAAAUGGUUGAAUGAUCGGUUUGGUGAACUCAACUAGGGACCGCUCUGGCGUUCCUAGGAAUCUGACAAAUUUAAACGCUGAAAAACAGCCCAAAAGCACAAAUUCAGGAUCCGCUUCAACAUCAAUCUCCGGUACCAGGCUCACGAGACUCUAGUAUCAACUUUGGCCGUUUGUACCAUCACGACGGCUCAAUUCCUAGCCUUGGCUUACUAUUCCGGCGGACUUUUAUUUAUGAGAACCCAUCGGGAGAAUUUCAGCCUUUUCGCUUACUAUGUGAUCGUCGCUUGGAAUUAUGUUAGUUUGAAUGGAAUUUUAAAUGAAAAAAACCCAUAUUUUUUUCCUAAAUUCUCGAAAUGCAUUUCUAACUAGGGAACCUUUUUACCCCCCUCCGUAGAUUUUUUUGAUGAAACACUGAAGUGUACUUUAGAACCUUUUGGUUGCAGACCUUCUCGCAUUACGCAAUAGAUCUUAUUUUCUAGUUCUCAAAAUCUAAAAGUACACUUCAGCGAAGUGUUUCAUCAAAAACUAUACCAGGGGGCUUAAAAACGUUUCCUAGCAAAUCCUAUAAAGAUAAAAAAAUUUAGCGUUUGAAGCUGAUCUUUUCCUAGAAAGAUGACAAGAUUGUCUUCAAAUUAUGGCUCAAAAAUCAGCAGACUUCUAGCUAAUUAUGGAUCUUAUUUCAUCGAAAUUUCAGGCAGUUCCGUACGCCUGCCUCUCAUUACCAACUCUUAUCAUCGUUUGUGUCAAAAUCACUGGAAAAGGCAGACGUCGAGCUAUAAAAGUCGUCCAAAACACCAAGGAAACCCAGGAAGGCCGAAUGAAAAGCCUCAACGAGAUGUGGAACAGGAGUUACAAGUGA